GCACUUGUUCUCGUAGACACCAUUUAUUCUAUACACGGGGGACAUGCGAAGGCGUUGUCCUUGUAUUGGGUUCUAGUAAAAUUGGUUCAUUUUACCCCUUACUCCUCCAACUUGAUGGGUCAUUCGGCCCUAUGGAGAGCUUAUUAUUGGCUGAGAGGUAAGGGUGAUGAAGAGAGGGAAGACACAAGGAGGAAGUGGGGAGAGUUUUGCUCAUAUGAUCUCUUGGAACGUCGAUUCUACCGGGCUUUUAUUGCCAAGACAACCAAUGCUUCAAACAUCGCUUUACAGCACAAGGAAGCCUCGAGGCAAACGUAUAAUAAAACCAGCAACCCCAUAAAAUAUUGCGUUUGUCGUCAGAGAGAGGCGCCCAACGAGUUGACUUAG